AUGGAAACUGCGGCGCCGCUCGAUCGAAGAGAGCAAUUGGACAUAAUAAAUAUCAACCGCCGGAAUGGCAAGCCACGAUCAUGCGAGCCUUGUCGGAAAAUCAAAACGCGUUGCGACCACAGGAUUCCCGUCUGUGGGAGAUGCCAAGCAAAGGCGAUUGCCCACGAGUGUUACUACCACCCCGCACCACUGACUCAAUCGAACAAAUCGAGGAUAAAAGUCAGCGGCAGCAGCUUGCAUAGCUCUUCUUUCCAGACUCCCAAUACCCAACCUAAUGCAACCUUCAAUAGGACCAACAGCAGCUUGGAGCGCCAUGCUGCUGUGGCUUCAAGCAUUAUUUUCACUGCCAAUGCUCUCCACGGCAAUGACCCGCCCACCCCGACAACCCCGUCAUCUACCCCAGAGCUUAUCAGUCCCGCCAGCUUGAUCGAUACGAUUGUCCGGCCCCACAGUGCUUUCUCCGACCCUCUGUCACCUGAGACGCCGUCGGCGAACCUAACGGGGCCCGGAGUCGAGAUCCAACUAAAAGAAGUCCUUUCACACCUAUCCGAAUUAGACCUCAUCUCCAAGCUUAUUCGUCGCUGGUAUGAGAUUAGUCAGACAUGCCUCUUUCCUGGUGUGUUCCUUCACGAGGCACUUGCAUCUCUCAGGUUGGCCGCCCGUCGCUUCAACCAAGACUUCCUCGAGGCAGGUAGGCUAGCUGCCGAUAUCCUAAGUGCGACGUCGAAGCCGUUCUCGGUCCCGGCCGACACCCAGCCUUCGGAUUUUCCAAAGUUGUUCACCGGCUCAAACAUGAGGCUGGAGAUAAUCGGCCUGCUGCUCAGCACCGCAGGAUUGGCGGCACUCCAAAUCCCGGCCACUGAUACUCUGUUCCUGACGGUCAAGUUCACCAAGGCAGAUCGCAACACUUUUGCCACGAAUAUGCUAUCUGCCAGUGACACAUGUAUAUCACUGUGCGACAAGUACUUCAAUGUCAACGAUGUCAUGGUCUGGCUGAGAUCAGAAAAUCUGACCCUCGCAAUGAAUUUCUGGGGAAAUACAAGCCGUCGCACUUGGCACCGCUCUGGAGAGCUCUUCAACGACGUGUUUGCUCUGCAUUUCCACCGCGAGCCGGAAGACGCCUCUCAGAGACCAAUGUUUCUCGAUGAGAUACGGGCUCGAGUUUUUGCAUCUGCGUAUUGGAUUGACAAGUCCUUGUCGAACGCCCUCGGGAGACCGCCAAGAUUGCCCCUGCACUAUUGCAAUAGGAGACUGCCCCUGCACCUGCAUGACGAGCAGCUGAUGGCUUCCGAACAAACUCGACGUGCAGCCAUUGACUCUCUCGAAAAAGAUGGCUGGAGCAGAGAGGUAGACUUCCAUACCACUGCAUGGCUACGGGCUCGUUCCAUGUUUUCCAUUUUCAGAGAGGAGAUACUCCAUAUACAAGUUGGGGUUAGAAACGCCGACAGUAAAGCCGUAUUCGUCCUCGGACAAAUAUCUCAACGAGUACACAACUCCUGGGACGGGAUCCCUGGGUACCUACACUACGAUGCCAGUUGUUGGAAUUCCAAUCCAUCAAGCAGCAUUUGCUUCAUGCUGCUGGUUCUUCAUCUGGAGUAUCUAGACCUCAUUUUUCACAUCGAGAAGCUGCUUCACAUCGUCACAAACCGGGAUGACACAGGUCUGUUGGUGGCUGCGACGUCGUUACUGUCGACCACGGUGAACUCGUCACGGCAGUUGUUGAUCAAAUCCGGCGCAUACACAGACUACGUCUGGACUCUAUUAUUCUACGGUCUUCCAAGCGCCAUGAUCCUCGCAGCUGCACUCAAGAGAAGUGCAGAGCUCGGACAGAAAACAAUGCGUCCGAUGCCCUGGUCAGAACUGUACCGCCAGCUCAGCGCGUUAGCAUCCGAUCUUGACGGGAUUGUGCAGUCCGACGAAGGUAAUUACCCUCUCUGCAAGAGAGGUAGCAAGCUUCUGUCGGACACACUUGAUCAGGCUCUGAAUGCGCGAAUGAGCACUGCCCCGGCCACAAGAUCCCCUGUCUCUACCCCUCCCGCAGCUUUUAAUAAUGCAGAAGACUUCUCCGGCAACGGCGACAUGGACAUGAUGAACGCCUUCGAUGAGAUCAUGUCCAGGACGACUUUCGAUGAGAGUACUCUUGGUGAUAGCAUGGACGGCUUCGGCGCAGAUCACAUUGCGUUUCUAGACUUUAAUUCGUUUGGAACCUAG